AUGGAGGAGGAAGUGCACUCCUCCAAGAGGAAAAAAUCUUUUCCUCGGCGCCGUUACCGGAAAAAAAGGGGCGCAGCUGACGCCGUCGCAGCUAACCGUCUUAAUGUCCUCCGCCAGAUAUUGAUGUUGACGAUGGGCGGACGGAUUGCUAAUCAGAGAUUUCUCAUUGUCUGCGAGGUAAAACCGAGAGAAGAUCUGAAAGGUCGAAGGUUCUCUAUCCACGCCAUAGCGUGCGAAAAUCGUCACUCGGAUCUUGAGGGCUGUUCGAUAAUUCGCGCUCCUGACAGCGUGGGCUCAACUCCUGUCGAAGAACGCAGGCGGAAAAAGGUAGAAAUAUCCUGCCGCAGAGUGUCGGAGAUUUUAUUUUGCCGAGACGAGCCUGUUGCCGCGAGUAUCGUACAUGUGAGGCGAGAACUUGGCCGCCAUGCACCACCGCAAUGCAAGCGUUACAAGCCGGAUUUCCUACCUCUUGGUCCUCCUCCCGCUGCUUGGGAUCCUUCGCGGGUUCCCCACGGUGUCCACGGGUUCCAGACGCGGGAAGGCCUCCUGAAAUCCCGCGCAACAGCUGAUUCAACGAAGUACUGCUGCAAACGUCGUCCCGGGAACCGAACGUCGCCGCGCACGAGUUCUCAAGCUUGGAAAUGCCUGAAAACCGGGAUUAUGGUUUCCCGUCGGGUCAUUGCGGCUCCGGGAAAAUCGUCUCAUCUUGGUUUCGGUUUACUGAUCACGGGUUCCUCGCUCUCUUUCCGAGAAAGGCCCCCGGGAAUCAUCAACACGCCCGAUACCGUUCAUAAGGCAUCCGCCAUUUUGACACGCGCACUGAAUGUGAAAACAGCGCAGGCCAUUGUGAUUUGA